AUGAACAGUUUCUUACCCGAAGGUUUCAAUAUGCUCAAUCUUGUUAACAUUGAGAAAUUGAAUGGCACCAACUUCAAAACUUGGAAGCAACUGAUUGAAAUGAAUCUGGGAAUGCUUGAGUUUAACAUAGCUUUUAAGUCCCCUCAACCAUCUGCCUUGGUUGAUAACAACACUCCUCAAGAGAGAGAUCAUUUUGCAAGAUGGGAGAAGGCAAAUCAGAUGUCUCUUCUCAUUAUGCAGAAUGCAAUGGAAGAGCAUAACCGAGGUGGCAUUACAAGUUGUGAUUUAGCCAAGGAUUAUUUGGCAAUGAACAAGGAGAAGUACAAUAGGUCAGAUAAGGCUGAAGUGGGGGUACAUCUUUCUGCACUUAUCAAUAGCAAGUUCGAUGGUUCAAGAAGUGUGCGUGAACAUUUGUUGAAAAUGGUGAAUCUCUCUAACAAACUAAAUGCCAUGGAGAUUGGUAUCACUAACCAAUUUCUAGUGCACAUGGCCUUGUACUCUUUGCCUGGUUAA